AUGGCGCUCGCCGCAUACGACUGGCUGGUGUGGAAGGAUAGAGCUGCAAGCUUUCUGCGGGCUCACCCUCGGGAAGUUGCGCUGCAACUCACUUGGGGUCAGCGACUGGUGGUUCCGGGAGCUCGUGAGGCAUACGCAGUCGCAACCUAUGAACGAGAGGCCAUGGGUCGUAGCCUCGGCUUCACAGAAACCCAACUAGCAACUUCCUGGCCUCCCGGAACUGGACGUGCGAAGUUGUGUUCCGCGUCCAGCAUGGUCGAGGCGGCGCUGGAGAGUCACACGAGCACGGCGGCAAGUGUGCAGCCACCUGUGGUGAAUGACUAG